CGGCUCGGCUUCAUUUCAUUUCACCGCCUGGCUCGUCUCUGCUCUUCCGACCAAGCCCCUCUUCGAGUCCCGCGGCUGUCGCGUCGAGCGAGUCGCAUACAAGCGGUGCCAUUUGAUAUCACCGCGUCUCUCCAAGACACAUCAGCGCCGACAUGGCCGCUACCCAGCAGUUGUCGAUGCAGUCGCGCACCGGUCGCGUGAACCAACGUUAUGGAUCCCAAGGCGAGCGCCUAGUCGCCGGCGUUGUCCCGCUUUCUGCCGACAAAUACUACGUGCUCCUCAUCCAGUCCACCAAGCGGAACGGAUGGGUGCUCCCAAAGGGCGGCUGGGAAACAGACGAAGCCACUGCCCAAGAUGCCGCUAAACGCGAAGCCUGGGAAGAGGCUGGCAUAAUAUGCAAGAUCAACUACGACCUCGGCCUCAUCCCUGAGAAGCGCAGACCCGACCAGCUCACCUCUCAGGCCCCAAAGGCCUCGUACCAUUUCUUCGAAGCGACUGUCGAGAAGCAGGAAGCUCAGUGGCCUGAGCAGCACAAGCGGAAUCGGAAUUGGUUCAGCUAUACCCAAGCGCGACAGGCCUUGGCGGAACGACCCGAGUUGCUCGACGCGCUGGACCGGUGUACCAUGCACCGAUCAUAGAUGGGUUACGGGUGCUUGCAGGUGCGCAAAGUCGCACACGAGCACCCAGAGGAAUCCCAGACACGACCUGGGACCUCGCAGGUCUUUGCAUCUUAUUCUUCUUCUAAUACUGCAUCAGUACGGCAUCUCAAAAGCGUCGGGGAACUUAUAGACAUUGGGCAUUGUAUUGUCUACUCUACAUUUGGCGUUGUGGUCGCUUUUCGAAUGGUAGAAUGAUGCAUUCCGGCUCUUGAUACCAGAGCGCAGGACCAGUUUGGUUCGCAA